AAGCUGGAUAAGGACAAGGUUCAGACCUGUCGUUUACUGACCUUGCUGUGAACUAAUUUCUAAUUUUGUUGUAAAGCAAACCAGGAUGGCAUCGCCGCCUUUUCCGCCUCUCCCUAACCUACCCUCACCUGCGGGCACCACAGGAUUCAGAGUUUCGAAAGACCAGCUGACCACCAUCGUCCCUGUUGCAGUGGCCGCGGUGGUGGGCACCUACCUGGUGAGCAGGUACUUUAGUGGCGGCCGCAGCUGCUCCAAGGGGAAGGUGAAUCUGACCCAGAACAAGGACAGCCCCAAGGUGGUGCACAGCUUCGACAUGGAGGACAUCGGCUCCAAAGCCGUCUACUGCCGCUGCUGGAGAUCUAAGAAGUUUCCCUAUUGUGAUGGCGCACACGCCAAACACAACGAGGAGACUGGUGAUAAUGUGGGCCCUCUGAUCAUCAAGAAGAAGGAUGCCUAACCCGCCCACCAGCACUACACAAUUAGUGUGUGUGUGUGUGUGUGUGUGUGUAUGUGUGUGUGUGUGUGUGUGUGUGUGUGUGUGUGUGUGUGGCAGCUGCUUUUCUUUUGCCAAUAUCAGAUCAAUUAAUUAGAAACAAUCUGUGCAUUUGCUUGAAACGCAUCUCAUAUUCCAUAGCCAAAGACAGUAUGGCCUUAUCAUGUAACUAUUAUGGGAUGUUAUAAUUAUGGGAUGACCACAGCGUCCAGACGAGUAGACUAGCAGAAUAAGGGUCCAGUGCUGAGACAGAGAUGAAAUGCUUCAGUGCACACACACACACACACACACACACACACACACACACACAUACUCUCUCUCUCUCUCUCUCUCACUCACACACACACACACACACACACACACACACACACACAAAGAAAUAUUCUCUACCUUUCUUAUACAAGCACAUACAGUACUUGUGCAUUAAGUAACACACUCAGACAAAUAACCAAUCAAAGUCAACUCUUUAAGCACAUGGAUCAGAAACAGCCACCACAAUACAAACGACACACACACACAGUAUACCAUCACUAGCUCUGAAACCACACACACACACACACACACUAUACUGUCACCAGCUUUGAAAUGGCGGGGAUCAAAUACAGGUUACAUCAGUCAAAUCCUACACCCAAAUAUGGUCAUAUUCUCCAGAUGUGCAUGGACGGAUACAUCCCACAGUAUGCUAAUUAAGCACACAUUCACACUCACACUGACACUCUCUCUCUCUCACACACACACACACACACACACACACACACACACACACACACACACGCACACACACAGAAUACAAGAACACACACAAAUGCAAUUCUCAUCAAACUCACCCACCCACUCACCCAUGCGAUCUGACCACGAGGGUCCCCUGAGGAGCUGAAGUGACCUGGAGUGACGGUUGCCAGGGGACUGGGCUUUCAGCCAGCUGAGGACCUGAACCAAAUGAAGGCCGGAUCUGAUGGAGUCAUCCACUUCCAGGUCAUCUGCUUCCGGGUCAUCUACUUCCUGGUUCUACUCUCACAGCUGCAGUUCAAAGGCACGUGAUCAAGUCCUUUAUUCUGUUUCAGCCCGUGUGUGUGCGUUGUCACUGUAGUGGUGAUCUGUGUUGACCUGUAACCAGGAAAGAGAUGUCUGGAAUAAUAAACGUUUGUCUCUA